ACCAGACCAGACACUCUUUGACAACUUAUUUCGAUACUAUUCAUAUAGCGUCUUCAAAUAGUAAUUGUUACCUGUUGACGACUUAAGACUUCAUUGUUGUGUAGUUUUGGAAAAUCUGAUGUGCUCUUGCACCUAUUUGUGGGCCCGCUAAAAAUAGGGCCCUGCUGGCAACACAUGUGCGCCUAUGAUUUGCAGUUCCAGAGGCUUUCUUCACAGACACAGGGCUCGAAAGAAACACAGACAACAUCUCAAUGGGGCUUUUAUAUGAAUAAGAAAAUUCUACUACGAUCCAAGGCAGUGAAUUUUUGGCCAGCUGAGGACGUGACUAAGGAUUUGUUUUUAAUUAUUUUUGGGGGGGGGGGGGGUGGUAAAAUAAUAGUGGAUUUCAAAACUUUGGUGAAUAACUGCAGUGCACGAUGACUUCCAGGAGGCCAAUGACUCGCUCUUUUUCUGCCAACGGUAGGACCAGCAGCUUCAGCGAAGAGGACAGCAGCUCUUUAAAUGGCCGCACCGAAACCCGCAGUAAUUACCUCUCAAAUGUUAGGCCAGAAAACAGCUAUUCAAGGUACUCUCACUACAGGCCGACGAGGAGCACUUUGUGCACUGUCAUGGCUCAGCUUACCGAGGACGUACAACCAUCCUUUGAGACCACCUUAAAGUCAAAGGCGGUGUCGGAAAACUGUAAUGUAAAGUUCACCUGUGUUGUAUCAGGUUAUCCAGCUCCAGAACUGAAAUGGUAUAAGGAUGAUAUGGAAAUGGACCGUUACUGUGGACUUCCAAAGUAUGAGAUCCACAAAAAUGGGAAACUUCACACCCUCCAUAUUUACAAAUGCACACUGGAUGAUGCGGCUAUCUAUCAGGUCUCAGCGAGCAAUAGCAAAGGUAUUGUCUCUUGCUCAGGGGUUUUAGAGGUAGGCACCAUGAGUGAGUUCAAGAUCCAUCAGAGAUUCUUCGCCAAGCUCAAGCAGAAAGCGGAGAAGAAACGUAAAGACUUAGAUGAGCUGAGCAAAAAAGAGGUCAAGGACAAUAUUCAGACAGAGGAACCGUGCAUUAGUCCAGAGCCACCCCCAAGGAAACGCCCAGUCCCGUCAGCGGAGCCGGUCCAAGCAGCUAAUGAGCCUGAAACUGGGGAGCAGCUGCACACUGCUGCAGGAGCCAAUGGAGUUAGCUUUGACGUCAAAGAAACCGCCUCUGCAAUACCUUUGGACAAUAGUCUGGAGAAGGACAUACCGGCCCCUGAGGAACUCGUGGCCAAGAAGAAACCAAAGAUCACCAAUGGUGUCGAUGCUGGCAUUAACACCACCACAAUUAGCAGUAGCAGUAGAGGCCAUAUGAUCGGAAAUGGAAGUGAAAACUGUUAUGACGGCGGAAUCAGUUUGGCACAAUUUUUAUCCGAGAAUCACCAAUCGCAGACUGGUGAAGAGAACGAAAACUUACCUCAAUUGGAAAAAACGCAGGAGAUGGACGUAUGUAUCGAAAAUGCGAGUACAGAGAAAGAAGGAAGACUUGGAAAGUUACAAGCAGAAAAUGAAGAGCAUGAAACAGCAAACGAGAAAGAGAACAUAAAAGAAAAGGAGUUAGUUAUAGAAAGGGAGAAAGAAAAGGAAAGGUUGCAAGAAAUGUCACAUCUGGCAGAACACCCUAAACAUCACAGAAAGGCGCUCAAGGAUCAUGACCAUCAUAACAUUCAGUCAUCCAUCUCCUCCAUGUUGCACACAGUCAAAGAUUUCUUCUUUGGGAAAGGGAAGAAGGACUCUCAUGAAUACACUGAAAACAAAGAUAAAGAACAGGACCACGUUCCCAAGUUCAUACAGCCUAAAUCUACACAAUCACAAACACCGCCAUCAUAUCGGCUGUACAAGAAGGAUCGGGCAGAGCUUGACAAAGCUCACAUGGACCAAGUUGUACCUAUGGAAAUUGAUAAGCCACCAGAGCCUUCAAAGUCUGGAGAUGUAGAACAACAGUCGGUGUCAAAGAAACUCUCGACAGCACAAGAACGUAAAGUAAAAGUUGAAGAAGCUGUAAAGUCUCCAAUUAUUGAAUUACCCCCGGGAGACCAAAAGAGCCUACAGGACAAAGUAACCAAGAGACUGGGACUCUGGUGGAUAACGUGGAGGUAUCACCAGGCGAAGGAAUCAGCGGUCCAGGUCAACAAACGCUAUUGUCCGGUCUUCAAGUUCUCACUGAGGUAUGCUGAAGAGAAACAUACUGAGGCAGUCACAAGUGUGGAUAUGGUUCUUUCACACCAACAAGAGCCAGAGACUCUGGUAGCUUCACCGCGACCUCAUCACCUCGCUGGAGACGCUACAUCUUCACCCAGAGACGAUAAGUCACUCUCCCCAACCAGCCAAAGUUUCCCUCAACCGUCCAGCCUUAUAAAAGAUAAUCAAGCUCCUCCUCUCAGUGUUAUCUCAGCUAUGGAGACAAGUAGCCUCUAUGUGAUACCCACUUUGCAAGGGGGCGAGAUAAAUGUUGACAAGAUGGAUAAAGACAGUAAACCUGACAGAGAGGUGAACGACCCUUCCAAGAAAUUACGUGGGGAAACUAAAGCGAAUGUAAAAGAGCUACCCCGUCCCUAUAUAAACAGACCCGAGGUGGCUGUAUUAACACCGCCACCCCUGGAAAAGGGUAAACCUGCCAAAGAGGUGAACUAUCCUACCAAGAAGUUAUGUGUAGAAACUGAAGAGAAGCUAAAGGAGCUACCUCGUCCUGAUAUAAACAGACCAAAGGUGGCUGUAUUAACACCGUCUUUGCUAGUAAAGUGUAAACCUGACAAAGAGGUGAGCUACCCUACGAAGAAGUUAUGUGUAAAAACUGAAGAGAAGUUAAUGGAGCUACCUCGUCCUGCUUUAAACAGACCCGAGGUGGCUGUAUUAACACCGCCUCUCCUGGAAAAGGGUAAACCUGCCAAAAAGGUGAACUACCCUACCAAGAAGCUAUGUGUAAAAACCGAAGAGAAGUUAAUGGAGCUACCUCGUCCUGAUAUAAACAGACCCGAGGUGGCUGUAUUAACACUGACUUUGCUGGAAGAGGGUAAACCUGACAAUGAACUGGACUACCCUUCAAGGAUAUUAUGUGUACAAAAUGAAGAGAAAUUAAAAGAGAUACCCCGUCCCAAUAUAAACAGACCUGAAGUGUCUAUAUUAACAUUACCUUCACUGGAAGAGGGUAAACCUGCCAAACAGGUGAACUACCCUACCAAGAGGUUAUGUGUGGGAACUCAAGAGAAAUUAAAAGAGGUACCCUGUCCCGAUAUAAACAGACCUGAGGUGGCUAUAUUAACACUGACUUCGCUGGAAGAGGCUGUCAAAAUAAGCGAAAUUAAAGCACCCGUUCAAACAGUUGAGUCUAAUAUGGUAGCACGCAGUUCACAGAGAGAUCACACAAAGGAGGAGGCUGAAAGUGUUUCUCUCAUUCAGGAAAUGAAUGUAGGAUUUUUACCUGCUGCAGCCCCCAAAAUGGGUGACCUAAAAAUGUGGUCUGAAUACAUGCCUUUUUUAACAGAUGAAAGCAAAGAAGACUCAAAACUGAAACUACUGCAGAGUUCAGAGUCCGGUUUUAAAAGGCAUGAGAAGAGAAGUGAAAGGAAGGAAGGAGUCACUGAUACUCGACUAAGAGACAUUGUAGAAAAUAUGAACAAUCUGAAAGAACAAAAGCAGGUGAUUGUACAAUUUACUGAAACUAACAAUGACGUUUUGGAAAUGGUGACAGAAGAGAAGAAACCACUAGCAGUAGCAAAUAAGUUGAAGAAGGAGUCGGUCAAGAUCAUUACAGACAAGAAAGAUCAUAAGGAGGUUAAAUUAAGUGUUGUGGAAGAGGCUUCAAAAAUGGCGCAUCAAGGCCAUAAUGAGAAACAGCAGUGUUCCUCAGAAAAAGUUCCACUCGCGUCCGAUAUAAGCACAAAUGAAAACACUGCCGUCCCAAGGAUUGAAAUAAUAGAGCCGCAACCCAAACAGUUCACUCUGCCACUAACUAUAUUAGCACUCAAGAAGAUAGAAUCAGACCCAAGUAUUUUAGAAAAACAUUUAAAACCGCAAGCUAUAGCCUGGGAUGUUCUUGAUUCUUCAGGUCGUGACGAUAAGCCAUCACCCUCAGAUGAAGCGAAGGAACUUUUGAAGUUAGAUGACAAGACAGAAAUAAUUUUGCAGGCAAGGAUGAAAGAUAGUCAGCAGCUCCCUCAGGUAAACUAUGCAACCAUUCCUCAAAUAAAUGUUUCACCCAGCGAUGACAAGGAGGAUCAUAAAUUCGUAAACACGCAAGUCCUGGAUUCUCUGCAGCCCUUAGAAACGUCGACGGUGACUUUGUUUGUGGUCCCGCCAAUAUCUGUCACUUGUCAUGAGAAUGAGAGCGAACCAAAGAAAACCACUCACACUGAGUGGACAGAAACUGAAACUUUGGUGGUCACACAGAGUGUAAGACAGCGUGGCUCUGGCAACGACACGACAGCUAUGUCUGAAAAACCUCAAGACAUGGCAGAACAAAGUUUAACAGAGAACAUUUCUUCUAUGCCAAAUGAAACUGUGCUACAAAGGAGGAAUGGCAGUGGGCCUUCAUUGAGUAGAACCACAGAGGACAAUAUUUCCCUUGAAAAACUGAAGGAAACCCCCUUAAAACAGGCUAAGAUUGACAGUACUGUGACUGUUGAGGACCUCCUCAGAAGCAGAGCCCCUGUUGAGAGACUCGCACACAAACCCCCCACUCAUCCAUCACUGAGUCCUGGCAGUAUCCGUAAAUUCAUGUCCAAGGCCGCCGCAGAGCUAGAAAGUGAUGCUGGGAUGAUGGUCCCUGUGAUCACAGUGGACGACCGUCAGCGCGACAAGGCGGACGAUGACACGAGUGGCGGAUCAACACCGACGUCCUCUACGCCGACAUCAUCGCUGUCAUGUGAAAGCAGCCCGAGGCUGAAACGAAGGGACAGUCUUUCACUCAUACGCUCCGCCACGCCCGAGGAGUUGGCCUCGGGAGCCCGCCGCAAAAUCUUCAUUCCUAAAGCUAAAGAGGAUCCGGACGAAGCUGCCGGCGCGCUGGAAGCUCAAAACAAGAAGGAGAGCCCCUACAUGUCCCCCAGCCAGGCUCGCAGAGCAGCGUUGCUCCAAGCCCCCGUGGGACAAAACACCCCCCCAACAGAGAGGCGCUCACCACUGAUGAAUCGCAGGAAGACCACGCUGGAGGUACCCAAAGUGGUGGAGGAACCGCCCAAAGAGGACCCAGUCAAGGGUGUAAAAGAGGAGAAAGUUGCUGAAAAGAAGUUUGACCCUCUGAAAGCACCACAGGUCAUCCGUAAGAUCAGAGGAGAACCUUUCCCAGAUGCCUCCGGACACCUGAAGCUGUGGUGCCAGUUUUUCAACAUACUCUCCGACUCCACCAUUAAAUGGUUCAGGGAUGAAGAGGAAAUACUGGAGGUCAAGAGAAGUGCAGGGGAUGAGACCCAAGUGGCACUGGCUAUUGUUCUGGCUGCAAGCCAAGACUGUGGCGUUUACGGUUGCACCAUCCAGAACGAGUACGGCACAGACACCACAGACUUCCUCCUCAGCGUGGACAUUCUGUCUGAUAUACUUCUCAGAGAGGCUUUGGAAGUUGGAGAGGAGAUAGAGAUGACGCCACUGCUGUUCACCAAAGGCCUCGCCACCUCCAGCAACUGGGGCGACAAGUACUUUGGCCGCAUCAUGACCGAGAUGGCACACAUCGGCGAGGGUGUCAGCCAUAAAGCCAGCAGAGUGAAAGUCAUCUACGGCCUAAAUCCUGUCUAUGAGUCUGGAAGUACAUGUAUUAUCAAGGUUCCAAACCCCAUCGCCUACGGGACCAAGCUGGAUAACAACCUUAUAGACAGAAAUCUAGAAAUGACAAAACAAGAAUGCAAAAUCCAGAACAUGAUCAGAGAAUAUUGUAAAAUCUUUGCGGCUGAAGCAAGAGUAAUUGAAAACUUUGGCUCUUCACUAGAAGUGAUUCCUCAGUACCUAAUGUACCGACCCGCCAACUCAGUGCCGUACGCCACAGUGGAAGUUGACCUAAAGGGGGUCUUCCUCAAGUAUUGUGCGACAGAUGGUAAAGGCUGCCUGAUUGCUCAAAGUGCCUCUGAGAUGGAACAGAAAUGCAGCACCUUCCAGCACUGGAUUCACCAGUGGACGCACGGCAAUUUACUCAUCACCCGCAUGGAAGGUGUUGAAAUGAAGAUUACAAAUGUUAGAGUAGUGACCAAAACAAAAGGGUACCAAGGCCUGACAGACUGCAGCUCUCCAGAAGUCUUUGAGCAGUUCCCAACGGUCCACCAGUGCAACUACUACUGCGGACUUCUGGGCCUUUGCCCGCUCAAGACUCAGGACCAGCAGCAGACCACAAAGGUAAAGGGUUCCAAAAGCCCCUUGCUCAACCGCAAGUUGACCCCAGGCUCCGGCAGCCCCCAGCCACAGCGUAAAGGACACAGCCCUCAGAUGCCCCGGAAGGCUAAUGUGAGCCCGAAGGUGACGAGAAAAGUCCAGGAGACAAAGGACAUUGAAUCAAACGGCAAACUCAAGCCUGCAGAAACUACUAAUGCUCUUGAAAUGAGGUUGAAGUGGCCAUUCCAACCAUCCAUCCAUCCAUCCAUCCAUCCAUUUUCUGAGCGGCUUAACAAGGGUCGCGGGAGUGCUGGAGUGCCUAACCCAGCUAUCAUCGGGCAGGAGGCGGGGUACAACCUGAACCGGUUGCCAGCCAAUCGCAGGGCACAUACAAACAAACAACCAUCCGCACUCACAUUCACAUCUACGGGGAAUUUAGAGUCUUCGAUUAAUGCAUGUUUUUGGGAUGUGGGAGGAAACCGGAGAGCCCGGAGAAAACCAGCGCAGCCACACUCAGGAAAACCAGUGUAA